AUGCAGCCCGAUCUGCAAGUUCUCGUGGCACCUCCCCGGCUUCCUACUGGCGAUCUCUUCGUCUUCGGCGAAUGUGAGCAACACACGCAGCUGGACCUGCGACAGUCGCAACUCGAUGCUGAGGAGUGGCUUUGCAACCCGGAGGCGCCGGACCUUGGUGCGGAGCUCCUGAACCUACAUGGAAUGCUUCAAACAAGCUGCUUAGAGCUUUUCGAUUGCCUGGCACAGAAUCCAUCGGAGUACCCCACGCAUCUUCGGCGGCUGGGGCAUGUGAUCAAGAAUGUUCAGGCAUUGCUGCAUGUGUUACGACAGCGUGAGGCGAAAGCUGCAGUCGUGCAGCAGUUGAGAGAUCAGGUUAGUCGGAAGCGGGCCUUCCUGGAGGAGGCAAGAACAUCCUUGCCCAACUUGCGGCAGCGGCUGGACGACAUUAGCAAGAGCUGGAGCUCAAGAGAUGCCAAGCAGAACGACGAAAAGCCGAAAGUUGGCGCAAAGGAGCAAAAAGACGAGUUUGCCUCUAGACAUCUCUAG